UUGUAGCAGCUGGCCAAUGAUUGAGUGAAAUAUAACAAUCAUGUUUCUAACUACAUUUUGGUACAUGUCCCUAUGAAGCCUUUAUGAAGUGAUAUGAAACAUGUUUAUUUAGAGAUGUACGGGCUAAUAUUUUCAUAAUUCAGUGUCAGCAAGCUAACAGUUAGCUGGCUAACAUUGGGCCAGCUAGCAUCAAAACAGCUGUAAACAUUCAAAUACAUGAAUCACUCAUGUUUAUCGCGCACUUACUCGCUACUAAGAACCUGUAAUGUUUCCUAGUUAUGAACAACAGUGCUUGGUGUGUAGCUAUCGAAAAUGACUGAUCGUUAUGUCUUGCCUGCAGCGCUUAUUGGGAAGAGAAGCAUGAGGGGUUUCUUGCCUUCACCAAGCAUACAACCAAUGCCUGACGACUAAGACAUGGAGUUCCCCCAACACUCCCUGCAGCUUCUGUCAGGUCUGCGUUCUCAGCGUCAGCGUAGGUUCCUGUGCGACUGCACCGUCCUCGUGGGUUCCUCCCGUUUCCUGGCCCACCGGGCUGUCCUGGCCUCCUGCUCUCCAUUCUUCCACAUGUUCUACUCCGAUCCCCCUGGGUCCGCUGGUGCUGGCGGGGCCAGCUCAGUCACGCUGGACGGGGAUAUCGUGACAGCAGCGGCGUUCGGUCUGUUGUUAGACUUCAUGUACGAAGGCGUGCUGAGGUUGGAGACCCCUCCCCCAGCAGAGGACGUGCUGGCGGCGGCAAGCUUCCUCCACAUGAACGAGGUGGUCCGGGUGUGUAAGAGACGGCUACAGCACCGACCACCACCGGCUGAGGCAGACAGCACGCGCCCGGAGGAGAGUGGAGUGGCAGCAGUGGGCGGUAGUGGACCCGGGGUUGGCAUGGCAACAGGAGCUGCCAAAGCUGUGGCAAUGUCAGUGUCUCAGUCUGCAUCAAUGGCGUUGCAGAGAAGCCAGUUGGGCUCUUCUACAAGGUCAGAGAGGAGAGUGGAGGUUCCGGCACACGCUCCUCUGAGUCCGGACAUGGCCGACACCACCCAACCUGGCAUGGACCACGCUCUCACUCAUGUGGGUGAGCUGGUUACCCUCUCCUCCGGUCCCUCUCUCCGACUGGGGGGUCUGAGUCAGGGAGAGGGUCAGGGAGGCUCGGCCCUCUGCAGCCCCUGCAGCUCCACAGAGUCAUAUAGUCACAGUAGCCACCAGCGCCAGCCCUCUUCAUCAGCGGCAUCACCAGUGGUACCUGUGACCCAGACUGAUGGCUCCAGCUCCAUGGUGGGGAUACUGACCCAGUCUGACCACAGCAGCUCCUCCAGUCCAGAACAUGACAGCCAUAACCCUGUCUCUGACAACAAGAGCACAGUCAUCACACCAGGCAUGCAAUGCCAGCAGCAUGGUCUCAGUAUCAACACACACCCUCAGAUUAGAAUACAGCAUUCACUGUCACUACACCUCACCUCACCUCCCAACCUGAACCUUGUAAACCAUCAGGGCCAAACCUCAACCCUGUCCAGGCCUGAAGGGCUGCAGCAUGGGGGGUCAGAGAGGGAGAGCAGGGAGGUUAGUGAACACUCUAACAUGGGGGCUGUGGGAGUGGAGGAGCCCCUGACAGGGAGAGGAGAAGUGGAGCAGGAGGAUGGGGUGAAGGUAAAGGUAGAAGCCAUAGUGAUCUCAGAUGAGGAGUUUGAGGAGAUGGAAGGAGUGGUGAUGAGGAGAGGAAUAGAGGGGAGAGAACGAGGGAUGAUGAUGGAGGUAGAGGACAGGAAUGACUUUGAUGAUGAUAACCACAGAGAUGAACUGAAUAACCCCCACUUCCUCCCUUUUCACCCCCACCAUGCCUUACUCCAGAUGACCCACUCCCACCCCUCUGAGCCUCUCUCCUUCCCCCUCUCCCCCUCCGGACCCGGCACCACCUCCUCUGACGCUCCCCCUUUCCCCUCCUCCCUCUUCCCCUCUGUGGGCCAACAUUCUGACCAGCCCGUCUACUUCCAGGAUUCCAUGGGGAACUACGUUGAGGACGUUCCCACGUGCAGCGUCUGCGGGAAGACGUUCUCGUGCGCGUACACCCUGAGGCGACACGCCAUUGUGCACACGCGCGAGCGCCCCUACGAGUGCCGCUACUGUUACCGUAGCUACACGCAGUCAGGUGACCUGUACCGCCACAUUAGGAAGGCUCAUGACUCCAGCCUGCCAGCCAAACGCAGUAAGGGAGACACUGAGGAGGGCCAGCCUCCACACAGCUAGCUGUAUACUUCUCCAUACUAAAGAGAAUGAAACAUUAUUUAUGCCUUCCCCCUUCCAACACCAGACAUCCUGGUCUUGCAUGUCCGAUCUGGGAUACAUUCAAAAUGGUCUGAAAAAUGCCAGAGGCUCAGAUCUAGUGCGCAGGUUGAGGGAGGAUUUAGAGCGUGUCGCCCAGAUGUUCCCCUCCACCAGGAUGGUCUUUUCAGACCUAAUGGUGAGACAGGUGGUGCAAGCCAGACAUGCACAUGCCCGGGAAUGAGCAGACCUGGCACUUGGUCAACUAGCUGGGUCUACAUUCCUGAGGGACAGGGGCCAGUGGUGUUUUAGCUAUUUUAAAUGGGACUUUCAGGACUUUUGUCUUUUACACAUGUAUCUGUACCAGAUGUCUUACUAUGACCUCAGUGCCAAAAUAAUUUGUGUACUGUACUACAGGUAACUGCCAAAAUAUAGAAACAUGAGUAAAUGAGAGACAAAGUAUAUUAAAAGCAGGUGCUUCCACACAGGUGUAGUUCCUGAGUUAAUUAAGCAAUAACAUCCCAUCAUGCUUAUGGUCAUGUAUAAAAAUUCUGGGCAGGCCAUUAUUUUGGCUACCAUGGCCAUGCCCC